AUGUCGUGGAGCGGCGGGCCCGUAGCGGGUGCGGCGCCUUUCCAGCAGCAACCAUAUGCAAACGGCCAACCUUCAUAUAACCAGCCACCACCCUACCAGUAUGGACAACAACCAGGACCACAGCCAGGCUAUGCACAGUAUCAAACCGGAGCUGCUUAUCCACAAGCUGGACCACCUCAACGGGCUUCCCAUGUUCAACCCCCCAAAAAGAAGGGAAACCCAAUAAUUACUCGUUAUCCCCCUCCUCCAGGCUAUCGUGGACCUGCGCAGCCUCAAGGUCCUUUUGGUACUAGUACUUUUUCUACUCAGAGUCAAACGCCGCAGCCUGGAUUUCCACAGGCCCAGGCACCUCCAGCCUAUUCACAAGGAGGUUAUCCCGCUCCCCAUGGUUAUCCGCAGGGUUACGGUCAGCCACAACCUCAAGCCGCAGGUUAUUCGCAGCCGCCGUAUUUACAGACACAGACCAGUUAUCAAUGGCCGCAGUCAGGUUAUCCGCCUAAUCCAGGCUACUCGCAAGCUCCGAGCUAUCCUCCCGCGCAACCUUAUGCUCCGCCCCAAAACAGCUACCAAGGUUAUCAGUCCCAACCAACUGUUGCCGACCCUCACCAAAAGGUCUUUGGCCAGAAUGGAGCGUGGCCGCAGCAAAACGCGCAAGCACCAUAUCAGCCAAACCCCUUCAACGGAUUGCCACCAGACCCUCAUGCCACGCCUACUCAGGCGACAGCGCAUCUUGCCACGUCACAUCCCCAUGCCCCAUCCGCACAGCCCACCAGCGCCGUAAGUGAUGGAAGUUCGAGCGAGAAGCCACAGUUGUUUCUCGCUUGGGAUGACUGGGAUUUCGACUUUGACGGCGCUAUCUGGCCCAAGAGCAAUGAGCCUGUCGAUCCGGCACUCAGUCUUGGUGUGAUUACCUGGCACCCUGCGAAGCAAAUGACGCGUGCAUUGCCAUCGACCUUUGCUGAAGCUGAAGAAGAGUCUCUGAAGCCCCCGCCAGAGAAACUGAACAACGGAGAUUCCGUGUCCAUGUACUUUACGGCUGAGAAUUCGCACGAGGCUUUCUUGAAUGUUCGGCAAACGGAUGAGUGGGAGGCAAUUCAAGAUGACCCUGUCUUUGUUGUUUUUACAGAUGAGGAGAUGCAAAAUAAUCUAGUGACUUUAGAAGACUGCAUUGCGCAACGGGAUCGUCCGGAUGAGCCGCAAGACGACGAACGGCCGGAUGAAGAUCUAGAGAUGCGCGAUGCAACAUGGGACAUCAUGGAUAAUCUUGAGCAAGCUCUUGCUACGAACAAUGGAUCUACAAGGUCCAAUGUCAUGAGGCGCGAGACAGCAUCACCUGCACAACUUAGUCAGGAUGAUAUUCUAGCCAAAUUGGGCGUGACUGGGGCCCCGAAACCGCCCUCAAACGAUCCGAUAUCUCUGCCUUUCUCGGCAUCUGAAGUUCAACCGCCAGUAUCGCUUCCCGAAAAGCCAGUAGUGGCUCCUCUCCCCGCCAAGAAUCCCGAGCCUAUCGCGCCGCCACAACGGGCCCAAUCGUACGGUGGGCAUCGCAAUAACGGGUAUGGACCUGCUCAGCCUCGUCCGUAUGGCUCCAUGUCAUCUUCGGGCAACUCGAGGCCUCCGCCGCCACCACCUCCUCCAAAAGAGCAACAGUACGAUCCUUGGAAUGCACCCCAGCGUACCGGGCAUGGUUUAGAUGGCUCUAGAGGCAGCCCUGCAUUAUCUGAAGGAAGCAACCAUACUAUGGCUGGAUCUGAUUUCGGACCUGAGAACCCGACAAAUGGAGGACAAGAAGAAACGUCUGCGGCACCUUCAUUGUACCGGAGCGAUAGUUCGUUUUCCCGGAAGAGAAGCUACGAAGAUGCUGAUCACGAACAUGAGCGUCAGCGGCAGCAAGAGGACCACACCAAGCGGAAGAGGCGUUCUCAGGUUGAUGCUGUCUACAGGUAG